AAGGGAAUAAUGCUGAUUACGUGUUUACUUAAACUGGAGUAAGGGUUUACGAAGAACAAUAAGGUUUUCUCUCUCUCUCUCAUUCUCUCCUUGACUCCUUCGGUGGUAAAAUGGUGGCAAAGAAGGGCGGAGGUAGAGGCGGAGCCGAUGACGUGGAGGAGGAGCUCGCCCGUAUUCCCUUACAGGCCAUCGUGUUGGCAGAUAGCUUCACCACUAAGUUCCGUCCCAUCACUCUCGAACGACCCAAAGUGCUAUUACCGUUGGUUAAUGUCCCUAUGAUUGAUUAUACCUUAGCCUGGCUGGAAUCUGCUGGGGUUGAAGAGGUUUUCGUUUUCUGCUGUGCUCACUCUAAACAAGUGAUAGAUUAUCUGGAGGACUCCAAGUGGCUCGGGCAGCCAAACUUUGUUGUCACCACUAUAGAAUCACAUAAUGCUAUCAGUGCUGGGGAUGCUUUGCGUGUGAUAUAUGAACGAAAUGUGAUACACGGAGAUUUUGUCCUAGUUAGUGGAGAUACAGUUAGCAACAUGUCGCUUACAGAAGCAUUGAAGGAACACAAGGAAAGGCGAAGAAAGGAUAGCAAUGCUGUGAUGACCAUGGUCAUUAAGCAGUCAAAGCCAUCACCAAUCACUCACCAAUCUCGUCUGGGAACUGAGGAGCUUUUUAUUGCAAUUGAACCUGAAACGAAACAGCUUCUUUACUAUGAGGACAAGGCAAAUGAUACAAAAGGAUAUCUGUCUCUUGAGAAGGGACUGCUUGCAGAUAAUCCUUCUAUUUCCCUUCACAAUGACAAACAGGAUUGCUAUGUUGAUAUAUGCUCUCCGGAAGUUUUGAGUCUUUUCACCGAUAAUUUUGACUAUCAGCAUCUACGCCGUCAUUUUGUUAAAGGGUUGCUUCUUGAUGAUAUUAUGGGUUAUAAAAUUUUCACCCAUGAAAUUCACUCAAGUUAUGCGGCUAGAAUUGAUAAUUUCAAAAGUUAUGACACUGUUAGCAAGGACAUCAUUCAGAGAUGGACAUAUCCCUUCGUUCCUGAUGUCCAAUUUUUUGGAAAUUCUGCAACUAAACUUGAAAGGAGGGGUGUGUAUCGAGCAUCUGAAGUGAAACAGUCUCGUUCAGCAAAGAUUGGCCCUUUUACUGUGAUUGGGAAUAACACUAGUAUUGGCAACAACACGGAGAUUUCAAAUUCAGUUAUUGGGGAAGGUUGCAUAAUUGGAUCACAUGUUAAAAUAGAUGGUUGCUAUAUAUGGAACAAUGUUACCAUUGAAGAUGGAUGCAAAUUGAAGCAUGCAAUUGUAUGUGAUGGAGUGAUAAUGAAGUCAGCAGGAGUUUUGGAUCCUGGUGUUGUUUUGUCAUUCAAGGUUGUGGUUGGGCAGCAUUUUCUUGUUCCUGCAUACUCAAAAGUGUCUUUACUUCCGCAACCCAUAAAGCAAGAUAGUGAUGAGGAGCUGGAGUAUGCUGACAACAGCAGUGCAAUUUCAAGUACAUCGGACAAGAUGAAUGAGGAUACACGGACUGAACCAUUGAACUUGCAACAGUGUGCUGCAUUUCAGGUUGGCAAUGGAGGAGUUGGGUACAUAUGGUCAGUUAGUGAGUAUGGGCUCGAUGAUGAGUGGAAACAUUCGGUUGCACCAAUUCCUGCAGAUAAGCUUGUUGGGAUUACACAAACCCUUAUUGAUGAACUGGAUGUUCCAAAUUCAGAUGGGAAUAUUCUUCCGCCUUCCGGAGAAUUGGAACCCGACUCUGUGACUAAUGAUUCCAUUGAUGAUGCUGAAGAUAUUAGGGACGAGUCUGUAUUCUUUGAGAAAGAGGUUGAAGCAACUUUCCGAAGGGCUGUAGAAGAAAAUGUAAAGCUUGACCAUGUAAUCUUAGAAGUCAAUUCAUUACGGUUGUCAUCCAAUAUGGCCUCUGAAGAUUGUGCUGGUGCAUUGUUCUAUUCAAUUAUGAAAUUGGCAUUGGAUACUCCACACAAUUCACCUCUUGAACUGGUAAAAAAUGUAGCAACUGUAUUUACAAAAUGGGGAAAACUUCUGAAGUAUUAUUUGCCAAGCAUUGAUGAGGAGAUUGAAGUGAUAUUGAAAUUUGAAGAAUUGUGCUUGGAAUCUGCAAAGGAGUAUUCUCCUUUGUUUGCACAGAUAUUGCAUCAUCUUUAUGACAUAGACAUUAUCGAAGAAGAGGCUAUACUUAAGUGGGCUUCUGAGAAGGAAGAAGCAGAUGAAUCAGAUAAGGUUUUUGUCAAGCAGUCAGAAAAGUUAAUUCAGUGGCUCAUAGAAGCAUCUGAAGAGGAGGAUUGAGAUUCUUGUUAAGAUUAAGAUGUUCCCUGUAGACAUGCAUUUUAUCUUACAAUGCCAGCUGACUUCAAGGACUUGUACACGAGCUGCCAGAAUCCGCCGCCUUUGAGAGAUGGUACAAAUCAUAGAACCAAUUUUUUACUUGAAACCUUUUUCCAUGUACUGUUGGAUAUAGCAUAGGUCUGAUCUUAGUAUCUUUCAUUAAAACUCCCAUCUGCAUUUUUGUAGCUUUCAGUUUACUUGCUGAGUUGCUGUUGUAUUAUCGUUUAUAUUUUCUAUUGUCUGGAAGCCCAAUUUGGUCAGGUGUUUCUCUUGUUGAGAAUGGUUUUUUACUAGAUAAGCAGCUAUAGCUACCUGUAUGAAGGUAUACUUAAUCUUCAAUAGUUUUUUUUUUUU